AUGGUGUACGCACUGCUGGAGCUGCCUGCUGGCGUGGCGCUGUUCAAAGUGGAUGGCGAGAGGCGCAAGCUGAAGGCGCUGUUGCACUUCAAGAGUACCGCCGAUGCGCUCGAAACGACGGCACAGCUCGUGAACGGCGAGCUCUCGAAGCCGGUGCGCAGGUUCCUGAAAAAGAACUACCUGGAGAAGGAGGUCUCCGAGGAGCUAGUGGUGGCCGAUGCGAAGCUGGCCAAGGCUAUCAAGGAGACGCUCGCCAUCCCGUGCGUGUCCGGCGAGGACACGCUUCCGACCUUCCGUGCGCUUAAGCAGGGCAUCGACAGCCUCCUCGAGGACGUCUCGGCGGAGCAGCUGAACCAGACGGCGCUUGGUCUGGCGCACAACCUCAACCGCUACAAGCUGAAGUUCUCCCCUGAUAAGGUGGAUAUGAUGGUUGUGCAGGCGGUGUCGCUCCUGGAGGACCUCGACAAGGAGAUCAAUAAGUACGCCAUGCGCACGCGCGAGUGGUAUGGCUGGCACUUCCCCGAGCUGGGCAAGAUCGUGAACGACAACGUGGCCUACUGCAAAAUCGUGCUGGCUAUGAAGACACGCUUCAACGCCCGCGACACGGACUUCUCCGACUUCCUCGAGGAGGAAAUGGAGCAGAAGGUGAAGGAAGCGGCGAUGGUGUCGAUGGGUACGGAAAUUGCGGAAGAGGACAUCGAGAACAUCUCGCGCCUAUGCAGCGAGGUCGUCGCGGCCUCGAAGUAUCGCGAACAGCUCUCCACCUACCUCUCUUCCCGCAUGCAGACCAUCGCGCCGAACCUGACAACAAUGGUGGGAGAGCAAAUAGGCGCCCGCCUCAUCCAGAAGGCCGGCUCGCUGCUGACACUUGCCAAGUACCCCUCCUCGACAGUGCAAAUCCUCGGCGCCGAGAAGGCUCUCUUCCGUGCCUUGAAGCAGCGCCAGGCCACCCCCAAGUAUGGCAUCCUCUACAACGCCUCCGUGGUGGCCAAGGCGGCCCCUGCGCAGAAGGGCACCAUGUCCCGUGUGCUUGCCGCGAAAGCGUCGCUGAGCGCCCGCAUCGACUCCUUCGGUGAGGGCGACAACACGCCUGCCCUAGAGUACCGCAGCAAGGUGGAGAACCGCCUCAAGGCUUUUGAGGAAGGCAUCACUUACGGCAGGAGUGGCAACGCCCGCGGUGCUGGCGCUGGCAUGGAGCAGCGCCGUAGCUAUGGCGACAACCAGGGAAACGGAUUCAAGCGCCCACGCAUGAAUACGAGUGGCUUCAACAACGAGCGUGGCGGUCGCGGCGGCGGCGGCUUCAAGUCCUCGCGCCCGGACAAUAGUGGGUACUAG